GAAAAAAUUUAUAAAUGAAUAAUAAAUAAAAAUUAAUUAACUUUUAAAAAAUUGGGGAACUUAUUAAUAAAAACUAAAUUGGUAAAAUGAUCAAAGUUGUUUUUGGUGAAAAAUGUUAUAAUUUAAAAAAGUAAAAUUUUAUUUAUGGUUAUGCAUUUAUGAUAAACAGUGUUAAUCUCAAUGAAAUAAGUAAUUAAGAUUUAAAAUCCCUAAUAGAAUACACUGUAGUAUAACAAAAACUUCUUUGCUACGAAUUUGAUAAUACCAAAGUAUGUUAAAUUUUCAAAAUUUCCUCCAAAGAUUUUAAAGAUAAGACAAUAACUUCUUCUUUAUAGUACGAAGACUCUAAUAAGGAUGUCUUAUUAACAGUUGCUAGAGAUCUAAGAGAACAAAAUCAGUCUUUAUUAAAUUGGUUAAAUAAACAAGAGAAAGAUACUCAAUGCAAAAUACUCAACAUACUCUAAACGAAUAUUAAUAGCCUUGACAAGAAGUAUGGAGAAACUCUAAAAAUUACUUUUUAAAAAAUAAUUAAAGAGCGAAAAUCAAUGCCUUAACAACAAUCAUAAUGAAAAAAAAUAUCUUAAAAAAUUCAAAAAACUAAUAAUCAAAAUACAAUAUAUAUAACUUUGUAUUACUACACUCUUAAAAAAUUAACAAAUUAAAUAAUUGAUAAUAUGAAAAAAAAUUAACUAACAAAAUUUUACUCAUAAUAAUCAAUAAAUCAUAAAAAUAAAUAAAUAAAAAAUAGUUAUUACUUUACUUAAUUUAAUAAAUAUAAAAUAAUAUUAUUAUUAUUUACAAAGUAAAUUUCAUAUCCUCCCUCAAUUGUAUUAUUUCCUUUCUUUAUUUAACAAAACUUGAUUUAACUUAUUAGCUUUUUUAUUUUUUUUAUCUAAAUAUAUUGACUGUAAUAGAUGAAUUAAAGAAACUUAAUUAAGAAUAUAUAAAGUCAGAAAAGAUAUUGAUUAUUAAUUUAUUUAUUAAUUAAAAUAAAUAUAAAAAUUUGUUAUAUUCUCAACUCCACUUCUUUGUUUAUUAAGCAUUUCUUUUAUUUUUUAAUUUAUUUUAUUAAUAUUUCAAAUAUCAAUUUCCUCUUCUUGCAGAGUAAAAUUUUCUCUAAUGUAUUAAUUAUUAUUUUACAAAUAGCCAUUAUUAUUUUAAUAUUCUAUAUUUGAGCUAUGAUAAUCUUCUUCUAAUUCUGCCUCCUCUUCUUCUUCCUCUUCUUCAUCUUCAUCAUUUUCAUAUUAUUCAUUCUAUUAUUCAUCUUCAAAAACGUAUUUAUCUGGUGAAUUAUCUUCAAACUCAUUUCUUCUUGAUUGAUGAGAAUUUUGGGGCAAUUUAUUUUAUUUAGACACUGAUUAUCCUUUUGAUUUAAAGGCAGAAUUAUCUUUAAAGUAAUCAUUUUCUUCUUCCUUCACACUUCUCAUAUUUUAUGCAUAUUAUAACUAGUCAUUAACACUUUCCUAAUUAUCCUCAUCAAAAUUUUCAUGAAUAUCUUCAUUUGUAUUUCUAUAUUAGCAGCUAUUGUUAUCCAAUCCGUUUUAAAAUUAUUAUGAACCACGAGGAAUGCUUUCUUGUAUACUUUUACUGUUAUUUGAAAAAUUACUAUUUUGCUAAUUUAAGUUAUUUUCUCCAUUUAGAUUUUAUUAUUUUAAAUUAUUUUUGCUGCUUCCCUAUCUUUGCUAAGUCCUUGAACUUUAAUUCUAAGAAUUAGAAUUUUAUUUUAUCUGGUCUUGGCUGAUCUUAGAUUCAUCAAAGUUAGCUUAUUCAAUAUUUUACUAAUUACUCUAUGAAGUAACUGAGUUUGCUCCAUUGUUAUGAACAGGCUCGAAUUCCCCAUUACUUUUAUUUGCACUAUUUUAUUAAGCAUUUUCCCUAGAUUUUUUUGUUCCAAUCAAAAAAAGCUGGUUGUUUGCAUGUCUAAGUCUCAAAACUAAGCUGUCAAGGUUAUUGUCGCAUUCUUCUCUUAAGAAAGUAAGAGCCUCUUCUGAAGGAAUUUCUAUAAUUUUAGUUUCCUCUCCUUCUAUUUCAUCUGCUACAAUCAUCAUUUUUCCAUCAAACAUGUAAAUUUCUACAUCAAAGUGGAUAUUUCCUAUAACUUUUACCUGUUUAUAAAGACGAAUCUUCUCUUUUCUUUGAUUAUAAUUGUUGCUUAAGCUUCUUUUAGAUACUUGUGCACUUUCACCUCUCCUUGGUUAACUAAUUCUAAAAUUAGAAUUUAAGCUACCAUUUAAGCUAGUAUUAACGUUUUAGUUAGAGUAACUACUAUUCUAUUAUCCAUAAAGAUGAUUAUUGUCUUGCUAGCUUUAAUUGAGUUUCACAGAUUUCCUUUUUAUAGGGUUUAAUGAGUUAUUUCUAGAAUGAGAAAAACUUUAAUUAUUUGUAAGAGCAUUAUCAGAAGAAGUAGGAGUGCCUCCAUAAUAAGAUGACUGCUUUGGCGUUUUAGAGUAGCUAAUAGUAAUUUAAAAAGAUGCUUAAAUAUAGUAUUUAUAAUUUGUAUGAUUUAUUUGCUUGCUUAAUGGACUAAAAUAUUAAAUGUUUCUUUAUUUAUUUUAUUUGCCUAUAAAUAUCAACACAGUUCUAAAGAAAUUAUUUACCCUG